AUGGCCACUCCGGUUCUCGCUUAUCAAUCUUCACAGGGAAUAAUCUCUGGUCGUAUGGCUAAAUUAUGGCUAUCGCGGCAUCCAAAAAAAUGGUGCCCCAUCGGCGGAUGGUUGAAGUUUGGGUUGAUAGUCGGGUGUAACGAUACAGUUACCGUAUUCCGGAUACUCCAUCGUCUUGCCAAGAGAUGCGCCAAGACAUGGCAUUUUCACGGUUUUACUAUGGACAGUGCUCCUUCAACAACAACAACCACAUACACAGAGGCAUGUGCUGCAGUUGUCUCAAGGGACGCCAGAGUACCCAAGGGAGAAAUCUUUUCCAUCGAGGCUACUCACACUAACCAGCAGUAUACUCACUUGGCUAGUGCCCUACCUUUAAGCCUUGAGGCGCCAGUACGGAGAUUCUUUGGAGGAUCGUCAGGCACGAUAGACGUAAAAUUACCACCGUUCCAUACAACGGCGGACCAGUGGGACCGCCAUACGGGGAGUUCUCUACUGACUUGCAUACCUUUUCUUCCGUGGGUCAUGGGUCCAUCAAUGAAUAGGAGACGGGGAGGAACCGACUGUUUGACUCGGACAUGGGUGGAUACUGGGUGCCAAGGUCAUCGGGCGAAAUUUGGACUGCCUCCAGACAUGGUAGUCACGCCCUCAGAUCUUCAUUGCAAAACGGCUUACUGGCAGUCUGAACCUCAUACGUCCAACAUACAGUCUAACCAUGAAAAUAACGUCGUGCCAAGGAGCAAAGACCACCACAAUCAUACAAUGCGGCCCGAGGCAGAUACACCAAGUACCAUUUCAAAAAGCCAUCUACCAAGUCAUGAGUUAAAGCCGGGAGAUGACCGACGGCCCGUGGGAAGCUUCGGCGAUAUUGGUCUUGGCAGCCCACAUGGCUGGUGGGCUCCGUCGUCGGUGGCUACCGAUACGGGCUCCUGUGAACGGCACAGGGCAGCUUUUAGGACAAUUAGGCAUACGUAUACUUGGUUGGAUCGUUAUUUCCGACUUAUCAAUCUCUUUCCUCUUGGCAAAUCAACCAUAUGGGUCAAUGGUUCGUGGGCGAAAUUCAACGGACCAGUAGAUGGAGUAUGA